UCCACAAGAUUUGUUUAUUUAUUGCCUUUCUCGUCCCCACUUACAUUCUCACACACCACACAACACAACACUCACAAAAACCCUCUCCCUCUCCCUCUCCCUCUCCCUCUCCCUCUCCCUCCCUACUCUACUCUCUCCUACCUAGCUACUACCCUCUCUUUCAUCAUAUCAUAGAAUAACAUUAAACACACCACCUCAUCAACCACAUCUCACAGAUCACACACCAUGCAAGCUCACCACCCUUUCUCCUACAUAUCCUCUUGUCCUGGUAGUAGUACUAGUGCCUUCUUGGAACCUCAUCAUCACCAUCAUCAUGAAGUUGUGGAUGAAGCCUCUAUCUCCCUCUCUCUUGGCCCUCCUGGCCAACAACAACACAAAAACCACUACCAAGCCACCACUUCCUCCUCCUCUCACCACCCUUCUUCCAUUCUGCACCACCAUUACCAGCAAAAUCCUAGUACUACUACUGCUACCACCUCUGAUGAUCAUCAUCACCAGAGAGGUGGUGUAACUGUGGCCCUUCACAUUGGCCUUCCCAGUCCCACCACCACAACUUCUUCAACAAACAGUGCCACCACCCCAACUACUACUAGCAAGUUGCCUGAUCUUCAUUUGGCCUCUGCUGCCCCCAACAUUCAGGGCCAGUAUUGGAUCCCUUCUCCUGCUCAAAUCCUCAUUGGCCCCACCCAGUUCUCUUGCACUGUCUGCAACAAAAUGUUCAACCGUUUCAACAACAUGCAGAUGCACAUGUGGGGACACGGCUCGCAAUACAGAAAAGGCCCCGAAUCGCUUCGGGGCGCAAAGCCAGCAUCCUCGAUGCUGCGGCUUCCCUGCUACUGCUGCGCGGAGGGCUGCAAGAACAACAUCGAGCACCCAAGGUCGAGGCCGCUGAAGGACUUCAGGACGCUCCAGACGCACUACAAGAGGAAGCACGGUGCGAAGCCGUUCGGGUGCCGGAAGUGCGGGAAGCCUUUUGCAGUGAGAGGUGACUGGAGGACGCACGAGAAGAACUGCGGGAGGCUCUGGUUCUGCAUCUGCGGGUCUGAUUUCAAGCACAAGAGGUCUCUCAAGGACCAUGUUCGCGCCUUUGGGGAUGGACAUGCUCCGCACACUGUGGAGAGCUGUGAUCGGGUGGGGGAGGAUGAGGAUGAUGAGGAGUUGGAAGUGGAGGAUGAGGAGGAGGAGGAUUAUCAUAGUAAUGAUUUGGUUUUUGGUUUUAAUUAAUAUAUGAUAUGAAAUGUAGAAUGGGUUGAAUUAAAUGAAAUCAC